AUGGAUGUCGAAUAUACAGUUACUGAAAUUGUUCAUCGUAAUCGCUACGGAGAAGCUCUAACAGCUGAGUUUCAAUUUGAUGAAUGUGCUACAAUGACUUCGACACCAACAUUAUCUGGUCUAACUCGACAUAAAAGAGAAAAGCGUUAUCGAUCAUAUGACUGGAGCAUAACACGAGAUCAAUAUCAAUCACUUACUAGUAAGUUGCGAAGACCAAUAGGAUUCGAUGCGUUCGUCGAUGCUAUACGUCCAAUCAUUAUGGGUUACUAUAAAGAUAAUGAACUCAAGCGUGCAUUUACGAUUCUGGAUCAGGAUGGAUCGACAAUACUUAAUAUUAAGGAAUUCAGCGCAAUCUUGUCGAUUCUUAAUGAAUCGAUUGAUGUCAACAUUCUGCAUGAAUAUAUAAGAAAGGCUGGCCAGAAUUUUGAUGGGGAAUUAAACUAUGAAGAAUUUCAAGCCUUUGUAUUACGAGGAAUUGGUCGAGACAUCAUUUGUAAUCAUAUAUGA